UCUUUCAGGUGGUGAACCGCCCGGACGCCCUAGAUGCGGCGAAGAUGCCUCAAUUAAACAUCUCCUAGAGAUCUGUGAUUUCACUGAUAAAUCCUCAUUUGAAGACCACCUCAGCCAAAAUCACAUAAGUACAACUAGGAACCAAAAAAGAGAAGAAUACCCUGGCUUCCGGCCUCUAAUACGCCCGAGGGCGAAGGCCAUUUACAUUCAUGCCCCCCCCCCCUAGUGCGUUCCGUGUUCGGGGCAGCAUGUCAGGAACAACAGGUAUUUAAACAAACAAAUCUUAGAGAAUCUGUUGUCAAGGGAAAACAAUUAUUUCAUGGCUGGAAACAAAAUCUUAAAUCCACACUCAAUUUGAUUCACGGAUGAAGCUACUGGAAAGGCUGUAUAGUGAUGGAGAACCUUUCGCCAAACGCCUCUGCCUUGCACAUAAUGUAUUUCAGUCAACGCGUUUGCCCCUGCCAAGGAAAGAGGAAGCUGUCACCAACUGGCUAUGCCAGGCUGCUGAUAAAUUCAAAGGAAAAGGCAAGAGGAAAAGUCUCUCUGACUCAUCAGGUGAUUUUGUAAAGUUGUGGUCAACUCUCCAUGCUUGUAUAACAAAUCCGAAGUUUGAAUACGCCAACAUAAGGCCUAGCACAAAAGGGUACAUAAUUGAGGUUCUCUCCAAACAAUUAAAUAGAAUAGACUUCUCUCAUAAAGAUACUGUGGUAUUGGAAUGUGCCACAACUGUCUUCAAAGCCAAAAGUUUUGAGUCCUAUUUUGGCACCAACAGUGGGUUGUGCGUUGACUUUGCAACUCUUUUGCUUAAGUCUAUGUCCAUUGAGUGCCCUGAGCAUGUGCCAUUAAUUCAGACCUGCUUGACAACAUUCCAGAAUCUUAGUAAAUCAAGAAAUGAUCUGCGUCUAAAAUUCUUGGAUCAAAUGAUGUUUGUUUUGGCUGAGAUGUUAAAGUCUGUAGAAAGUAAUUCGUCUGUUCAUCAUGACAUUCAUAAGUUUGUCAGGGAGGUAUUGUUCCCUCACACAUCAUCUGAUUUUUUCGAAUUCCUUCGUGAUAAUGUUGUCACAGUAGCCUGCACUGAAAAGCAGUACCCUGUUCCAAAUAAGUUUUUGACGGUUCUUGAGACAGCCAGGAGCUCACUUGAUGAAGACUCAUUUAUUAACUUGUUGACUAUGAUUUGCACUUCAUUUGCUAUAAAUCAAAAAGAUGAUAAAGACCGGUAUUCAUUUGUAUUCCCAAUGUAUGUUUGUAUCUCUUAUCUUGUUGGAUUUGAGGUAAAGAAAGAGGGAAUAGCUGUGUCUUAUGAAAGGUUGAGUCAAAUCUGUGCUAAGGGAGAGAUCAAGACUAUGUCCCUCAGAGUCCUUUACAAUAUGAUUAAGCCUCUAACAGGGAAGGUAUCUACUUUGAAUUCUACAAUAAAUGGCACAUCUUUAAGUGUGUGGCUAACGGCACUUGUGGAAAGUUUCUUUACCACUUCAUCCUUGAUUGAUCCUGCUUCCUCAUUGAAGCUUAUGUCUUCUCUGAUGGACUCGUUCCCUUUUUUGGUCGAGAGUAAUUUCAAGAAUAUCUUCAGUGUAAUUGUGGCUAAGCCUUUUCCGGAGGACUUAAUUCCUGAAUAUACAACUUUCCUUUGUGGAGCACUUGCCUUGUACAACAAACUGAGUCGUUUACCUCACUUUACUGCAGUUUUCAUUGCAUCUCUACAAGAUGGAUUUAUAAAACAACAAGGUGGCGGCAUUUUACCGCCAAGUCAUAACAUGUGGCUACCACCUUCAUUCACUCAACAGCUUGUUGAAGUAGCCACUGUUAUGCCCUCUGCAACAUCCUGUAGGAUCCUUAAUUUUCUCAUCAGCCAUUUUGAUACUUUCAUGGAACCAAAUUUUUCACUUGACAGAGGCUACAAGAACUUACUCCUUCAUACUAUUUUUGAACUCAUUACCUCUAUCUUCAGAGGUAUCCGUUUGAUAGAACUGUCCACAACUGAUAAAGCUCGAAGUGACUUUUGUGGUGUGAUGCAUAAACUAAGUUCAAAGCUUGGUGCAUUUGGUGACUUGGUUUUAAAAGAUGACAAAAAUGACUGUCUAUUGCUUAUUUCAUUUUUAAAUGCUGCUUAUCAUUGGGCAGCUCAAGCAGUCCUCAUUGAGCAGUAUGCUGACGCAGGCCGUGAAGAGCUGCUGCUAUCAAUUGGAACUAAUCUUAAAACCGAAUGCAAAGAUUUAUGUGGUGGCAGCAUUCUUUCUUACUUGCAUCCAUACUUGACCCACAAGCAAUGGGAGUCUAUUUAUGACAAAGCAGUUAACCUAGAUAAUGAAGAUUGCAGGAGUUUACUGAUCAAAUUAGACGCUCAACUUCUUUCUGCUCUUCUUAUGUUCAAUUCUUCCCAAUCCUCUUUACCCAAAGUUGUUGCAAAGCGCGCAUGUGCUUUGAUGGUACAAAAGCCCACUGGCCCAUGUCAAACAAUUGACCGUAACUUAAUAUCUAAUGUAAUUACAAUGGCAAGCUUGCUUGAUGCCUCUGAGCUCUUAUCCCUUGGGGACUGCCUCACUGCUAGUCUCAUCGCCAAUCAAAAUGAUGACUCACUUAAUGAUAUUAUGGCACAUUUAACCGAAGAAAGGUUGAUUGCUUGUAGUCUGGUUUGCUGUCUCUUAAAAAGUUUGAGGCGAAAAGUGAAAGCUUCCAAACGCAGGAGGGAUGAUUCUGAAGCAAAUGUUUGGAGGGUUGCCAAAGCAGUCUUAGGUAAAAUUGAUGCGGAAGUUCUAAUACAGCAAGAACUGGAAGGAGACCCUGUGUCUGAAGAACUGAGCUCCGUGCUUUUAUCCAUGGCUUCUUCUCUCUCCUCAACUCUGUCAUCCCUGGAUGGUGGUGAGAGGCGGUUGUCUGGAGAAGAGAGUGAUUUGACCAUUAUCUCGCAGCACCUUCAUAUCCUCCAUUCUUUCCCUCUUGGCUUCUUUAUAUCUGGAUGUCAAGAUGUCGUAUUUCUGUCUUUGUUAAGUUUGGCUCUCGAUUGUUCAUCUCUUGCCCCAUCACAGAUAAGAGAUGAAAUUCUCCAAGAAAUUUUCGAUCAUCUAUUGUUGGGAUUAUAUGAGAAGAUUGAACAACGGAGUCCAAAUCUGAAGGGAUACAUCGACCAUAAGGCUUUAAUUGGUGCCCUGGCAUAUUUUGUAGUCCAUCAUAAUGUUGGGAGUCGUCUUUUGGAACUGCUGUUGGCACAAGCUUUACAUGAAGAGCAAUUGCUGGAACAAAUUCUUGAUAGAAUCAUAGUGAUGAAAACAGAAGGCAAGAAGGAAACUCCAAGCAAAGAAAAUUUACUGCUGGGAACCCUUUUCUUACAAGUCUCCUCAGGAAUAAAAUUAAAAUCGUUGGGGUCUCUCGAAUCUUCAGUAAAUCUAGAUAAGUCCACCACGGAUCCCAUAAGAAAAUUGAAUAAGACCCGUAAAAAAAUAGCCAAGACCUUUGAAAAUCUUAUUCAGAGCCAACUUGUCAACACUAAAGAAGGAUUGCAUGCCUUUAGCCUUUGUCUGGAAUACUACAUAAGCUUGGAGAAGGGCAUAGGCAACCUCUCCCAUGAAUUUGAGUCAUUUUGCCACUUUGCAGUUUCUUCACUAAACUCUUCUGAGAAGUCAGAAUCUAAAGCAGCUGAGUCUUUUAUUUUAACAGUUUGUUGCCAUCGGCAAAAGCUGAAUGCAAUCCCAGAGUUCUUAAUCAAGGAUGUUUGGUCUUAUUUAAAACUGUCCAACCAGCCAAAUGAAGCUAUUUUGAAAGCUAUCAUGCAGGCAGCGACUGAUGGAGAAACUUCUUGCAUAAUUGACGAUCUUUUGUCGAUGGCACAACAUCCUGACCAUGAUCAGAAAUGUUUUCACAAUAUGAUUAAAAUUUGGUCCAUGUUGAUGAGGAUAAAAAGUUUAACCAAAGUGCAUCAAAAGAGCUUGGAUGCUCUGAAGGACAUGUUCAGACUUCAGCAGCUUGGGAAAGUGAACCCCAAAUGGCUGCUGGGAUUUUUACAUGAUGUUUUGAUAUCACAGGUCAAAUUAAAUCUGCAAGAUAUGGACUUGUGCUUCCUUAUUCUGCAUGAUGUCAAGUGGCCUCUGAAUGAUCACGCAUACUAUAUUUCGGUUGCAAGACAGUUUUUGUCUGUCUUAUCUGCUAUUUUUAUGCACCGUUUUUCUUUUGCACUAGAUUGUGUACCCAGCUUCAUGCAAAUGCUGCAGAGCCUUGUGAAUUCAUUAGCAGUGGCAAGCAAGCAGAGAACUAAGAUGUCUUAUACAGAAAGUACUGAGUUGGCAGGGAUUGCAUUUGAGGCAGAAAAGUUGGUAACUAUUUUCACCAAACCACUCUAUAAAAAAUCACUAAAGAGAGUUGGUGCCUAUUUCAUAGCUGAUCUUAUUUCCAUUUUUGAAACAAUCCCUCUAUGUUCAUCGGUGAAGAAACACUUUGAAAAUAUGGUUUAUGCACUUUUGAAAAUCAUGGAUGACCAUGCCUUGAAAUUCCUGCUUCGUGUAAUGUCUGUGUCCUCAACUGAAAUCUUUAAAAAGCUUCAAACAUCUUACAAGAAGUUCCACUCGUUUAAAGGCAAGUUGUAA